UCGUGACCAUUACUUAAUUUUACACUAUGGUGUGAAAGGUAGAUUAGUCUAAAACUAAACAAGAGAUAAUUCUUGGUUCAAUAGGUUGAAUGAGUCUUACCAACUAACCUUUUGAAAUUUUACUAUGAUCUUCCCUCAGCAAUGCAUAAUUUUCUUUGCUGAUGUUGUUUACACUCUUUCUAAAUGCUUUUCUUUAACCUGCCUUUGACAAAUUCUCAUGUUCGUAGCUAUAAAAACACUAAUCCUAUCCUUAUCACAACACAAAAACAUUCCUUAAUUAGAGAUAAACAUGGCUGCCAUACUCUUCCUUGUAGUUCUCUUGCUUGCUCCUUUCCUUUCCCAUGCUUCUGAUCCCGACCCCUUGAUGGACUUCUGCAUAGCAGAACCCGAUUCCUCUCCCUCGUUUGCGAGCUUUCCUUGCAAGCCCGCCUCAAACGUGACCUCAGAAGAUUUCUUCUUCAACGGGUUUAUGAAUGAGGGUGAUACAUCUUCGAGCCCAUAUAGAUCAAAGGUCACACCUGGGAAUGUUCUCACAUUUCCGGGCCUAAACACUCUUGGAAUUUCAAUGAACAGGGUCGAUCUUGCCAUUAAUGGUAUGAACCCGCCUCACUCCCAUCCACGCUCAAGUGAGGUUGGAGUAGUGAUCUCAGGGAAAGUUUUGGUCGGGUUUGUGACAACGGGCAAUGUGUACUACUCCAAGGUGUUAAUUCCUGGGCAGAUGUUUGUGAUCCCAAGGGGAUUGGUUCAUUUUCAGAAGAAUGUUGGAGAAACUAAAGCUCUUGUUUUCACAGCUUUCAAUAGUCAGAAUCCAGGAGUAGUGAUUUUAGCCACAACUCUGUUUGCUACAAAGCCUCCAAUUCCUGAUGAUGUUUUGAGCCAAAAUUUCCAAGUGGAUUCUAAUGUUAUCCAUGAAAUAGAAUCCAAAUUUGGAUAAUGUGAAUUAUGGAAUAGUUAUACUACCAUGAUCAUAUCAACUUUCGGUGAAACGACACCAAAUAAAAAGCUUAUAUUCUUAUACUGUGUAUAAAAUGGGAUAUUUAACCCAUAUAUGAGGCGCGUCUCUUAGUAAGAUCGUCUCAUACAAUAAUUUGUGAUUUGAUAUUCCUUGUUUUGUUUUUUUGAUUUAUUUUUUGUUUUUAGUAAUUGAUUUUUUGCUAUUAAAGAUUGAAGCAUUAUUAUGCAUUUUUAAUGUACAAGUGAUGAAACAAUAAAUCAUAUCUUGUUUCUUUA